UUGCCGCCACUUCAAUUAAUUAGAUUGCAGACUGUACUCACUCCUUCGUCUUCUACUCAUACCUCUUGAUUCAAACGCAAAAACCCUAACGAUCGUCUGAAAAUUGGAUUGUGUUCCUGCUUUUGAAAAUGUGGGGACUUAGAAAUGUUGGAGAGAUUGUCAACGUUCAAGAAGUUUAUGCUGGUUACCCCAACAUAUUCUCUAUUGAACUUCAUCACGGAGGGAGUUUCACAAAGUUUCCAAAUAUCAGGUAUAUUAAUGGCCAAGUAAGGUACUUUGAUGUUGUCGACAUUGAUGAAUUUUCUGUUCAUGAACUAGACUUGAUGAUGAGAGAAUUAGGGUAUGAUGGUACUGAAAUCAUGUAUUACCAUUUCCGUUUGCCUAAUGAAGGAUUUGACUUUGGACUCCGAGCAUUAGGUAACGAUGAUGAUGUGCGUAAUCUCUCACGGUAUGUUACCCAUAAUAACAAAAUGAUUAAAGUGUACACAGAGCAUGGUCAAACGAACUUGCUUACAUAUUUUAUGUCCCCAACUGGUCCAAGAAGGGUUAUAAUAGAAGACAUGGAGAAGCAGGAUUCCAUUAGACCCUCAUCACCUGUAGUUGCUCAUGAAGUGGUAACUCCAAUCCAAAUUGAUGUUGGUGAGGGUGAUUUAGGGUUAGCAUUAACCUUAUACAAAUCAGCAACACCUGAAUUUAGUAGGUCUAAAGGUUGGAAAAAUAGUAAAGGGGCAUCGUCUUGUAGUACAAAGCUUAACUUGGAUUGGGAAGGUGCUGAAAAAACAAUGGCAAGUGGUGAAGUUGAUAAGUGUAAGGGUGUAGAAGGAUUUGUAGAUGAAUUUGUUGUAGUCGAUGCAGAAAAAGAGUUAAACAAAGAGAUUGAUGUGAAUGAAGAACUUGAUGUGAACAAAUCCAAUGGUGAGGGUGUAGAAGGAUUUGCAGAUGAGGGGUAUAGAGUUGUCAUGGAUAAUGAUCCUCAAGGAGUCAAUGAAUUUUCAACUAACAUCAACAUAGAUGAUGAGUUAAUGACAAACUUUCAACCUUUUGAAGACCAAGAUAGCAUCCCAUUUAAUGGGUUUGAAGGCCAAGAUAACAUUCCUUUCAAUGAUGAGUGGAGACAAGAGGAGCCUGAUGACAUUGAUUUUGAGAAUCAAAACAGUGAAGAUGAAGAUAGUGACUUUAUGAUUGAUGAGGACAACAUAAUUGAAGAUGUUGACGUUGACAUGGAGGAUUUCAAUCUAAAUAUUGAUACAGAAGCAGAGUUCAAUGGAUGUCAAAGAAUGGGUGGUCAAAGAAAUGAAGAUAGUGAUGAAGAAGAUGAUUUGGAGGUAAUUGACAAUGACGAGUGGGAUUCAUUAAGUGAGGACUCAGGGGACAACAGGAAAAGAAGAGAAAUGAUCAAAGAGCUGGGGAAACAAACCUUAUGUUCUGCUGGUGAGGUGCACAAGGUAGCUUUUCAUAUUGGGCAGAAAUAUAAAGCCAAGAAAGAAUUGAAAGACAAAAUUGACCUGCAUGCUUUAGAGACAAGGAGGAAUAUCUCAUUCACAAAAAACGACAAGAGUAGAUUGACAGCUGUUUGUGAUGGAACUGUAGUUUUAAAUGCAAGUGGGGUAGGUUGACCUACCUCUGGGAAAAAGGUAAAGGGUAAAGAUGUAAACUCAAAUA